AUGUCCCAUGAUACGCCAAAGCGCCGGGUGUUGGUGAUCGGAUCAGGUGGUGUGGGGACAAUGGUCAGCGUCGCCCUCGAAAGAUCUGGACAGGCGUCUGUCACUGCUGUUCUCCGAUCCAACUAUGAACAAGUUGUCCAGCACGGAUUCGAAAUCGAGUCCAUCGACCACGGAAAAUUAUCGUCCUGGAGACCAAGCGCAAUCCUCAAUGCUGUCCCCCUAGCAGAUCCCAACACCCCAUUCGACUAUGUGAUUGUCACGAUGAAGAACAUCCCCGAAGUGAACAACAUCCCCAAGAUCAUAGCACCAGCCAUAACCCCAGAGCAUACAACGAUCGUCCUAUUCCAAAACGGUCUGUAUAUCGAACCACCAAUAGUCGCAGCAUUCCCCACGAACGUGGUAUUAUCAGCGCCGACGUUCCUCGGCGCACACGAACACAACGGACACGUGGUACACGACGACCACGACUAUUUCCACAUUGGCGCAUUUCACAACCCAACCGUGGAUUCAGCAUUCGAGCGCGCCAAGCUCGAAGAGUUCGCGACAAUCUAUAACGGAAGCAAAGUCGUCGAUGCAAACGUCGUCGAUGAUAUCGUCUUCUAUCGCUGGCGGAAGGUGAUCUGGAAUGGGAUUUUCAAUCCCAUGUGCGCUAUCACUCAGCUUGACAGUGCUGCGGUGAGGCGAUUCGGCGGCGAGCAUAGUUUGAUUAGACCAGGUAUGGCGGAGAUGGCGGCCAUUGCUAAGGCGGAUGGAUAUGAUCUCGGGCCUGGUAUUGUGGAUGAGAUGAUCGAUGUUACUCCGAUCGAGUUGUCUUUCCGGCCUAGUAUGUUGGUGGACGUGGAUAAGGGGAAUCCUAUGGAGGUGGAGGUCAUUCUGGGAAAUGCUUUGCGCGUUGCGAGGGCGAAGGGUAUACAGACACCGGUCUUGGAUAACACUUACCGGUUUCUGAAGCUCACUCAGGCACGACUGCUGGCUGCAAGAGGGUUGAUUGUUGAGCCGAAGGAAGUGCCAAAAGUAGAUCUGAUAUAG